GGGUCAGAGCGAGGCGCUAAUGGUGAAAGGAGCUACAGGCAGGAAGGGGAAGGUGUUGCUAUGGCAACCGAGGAAGACGUUAAGAGGGAAGGGGUGGGACCGGAACAAGGCGCCGAGGAGGAAGCAAGCUGUCACUGGCAGAAGGAGAAGGAGGCGUUGCCGUGGUAACCCAAAGAAACCAGGCGGGAGGAAAACGAGGCUCUGCCGAGGAGUCUACGUCACGGCGAGACGUUGCCAAGGCAACUGGAGAAGCCGGCGGAAGAAGACAGAGGGAAGGGGUGGGACCAGAACGAGGGGUCGAAAAGGAAGCGAGCCUACGUCACGGUGUUGUUUUCGCGCGGGAAAUUGGGAUCUGAUUCUCACGCGCUGAAAAAGGGGCAGAAUUUUGGGUGAAAAUGCAGUUUAAUACGAACAGGAGAAAUAAAGUGCCGAGAUAUAAGGUGUCAAGGCUGGGAGAUAAAGAAGAAUAUCCAUUCAGUCUUCAAUUCUAUCUUACGCCGCCAAUUGAAAAUAUUUCCCUCAUAGAAUUUGAAAGUUUUGCAGUUGACAGGCUCAAAUUACUCAAAGUAGUUGAAAACCUGGGGGUGAGUAUGAUCAAAGGUACAGCUCUAUACAACCAAAAGCUGGAAGCAGAGCUUAAGACUCUCCAGUUUCCAUACCAUGCUCUGCUCGAAAAUGAUUAUGACAGGAGAAGAAAAGAUCAUAUUUCCCACUUCAUACUGCGACUUGCUUACUGCCAAACAGAAGAACUCAGGCGAUGGUUUAUUCAACAAGAAUUAGAUCUCUUCCGCUACAGAUUCACUCAGCUGUCAGAGGAAUUGACUAAAAGGUUCCUUGCGUAUGUUAAUUUGGCAUAUGAUUCUGUAUUGGAAACUGAAAAGGAAACAAUUGGAGGUGAUCUGCGAAGUGCAACUCCUGGUUUUAAUGAAGCUGACGUCACAAAUAAUGCCUUCUAUCUGGUUCCUUUCAGUGAUUCUGUGGAUUUGGUUCGUGUAAAAAGAGUUUACUUCUACGGCGGUUAUGCCUAUGUCCCUCAACAGGAUUUCCUUGUCAUUCUCUUGAACAAUUACAGAACCAGGCUGUCAAAAGCCCUGGCAAUUACAGCACGCUCGCUUCCCAUUAUACAAACUGAUGAGAGACUCCAGCCUCUGCUCAGUCACCUCAGCCAUGCAUAUGUUGGUCCAGAUUACAGUAUCGAAAAAAAUAUUGGGAAAAUUUCACUGGAACAGAUUGAUGCCCUUUCAGUGAAAUCCUUUCCCCCUUGCAUGCGCCAGCUGCACAAAGCUUUGCGUGAAAACCACCAUCUCCGUCAUGGAGGCCGCAUGCAGUAUGGGCUGUUUCUAAAGGGUAUUGGCUUAACAUUGGAACAAGCUUUGCAGUUCUGGAAAGCGGAAUUCAUCAAAGGCAAAUUAGAUGCAGAUAAGUUUGACAAAGGAUAUGCUUACAACAUCCGACAUAGCUAUGGAAAAGAAGGCAAGAAAACCGAUUAUACUCCCUUCAGCUGCAUGAAAAUUAUCAUGUCCAAUCCACCAGGCCAAGGGGAUUAUCAUGGAUGCCCAUUCCGCCACAGUGAUCCCGAGCUGCUCAAGCAGAAGCUUCAGUCUUAUAAAAUCCCUCCCACUGGGAUCAGUCAGAUUUUGGACCUGGUGAAAGGAAUGCAUUACCAAGUGGCCUGUCAGAAAUACUUUGAAUUGACACAUGAUGUCAGUGACAUUGGGUUUUCUUUGAACCAUCCAAAUCAGUAUUUUGUAGAGAGUCAGCAGCUGCUUGGUGGCGUCAAGGAAAUGAAAAAAGAACAAAGGCAACCUGAAAACUCCCAGCCAAAGUACAGCAACCAGAAAAGUGUAACUACAAACUCCACACUCUCCUCUUCAAAUGCACCAGAAGAAAUGGAGUUGGAAGGUUUGGAGGAUUAUUUUGCUGAAGAUUAAGGACCAUCUUGUCCCCUUUGCAUCAUCACUUUGGCUGUCCCUCCCUGGAUGUUGAAACAGUUCUCACAAUAAUUACUUAGCCACCAUCAUAUUGUAUGCAAGCAUUUGCAUUCUGUGUUAAAAUGUUUAAAUAGUAUUGUGUACAUCAAUUUUGAAAAACAAUUGUCUCUUCUUACAUAGAAACUGUAGAGGAUACAGGAAUGAUACAGCAUUGUGAAUAGGGUUUUUGUAAUUUUUGAAUAAAUAUUUUCAGUUGCUAA